UCCUGCAAGUGAUCCUAUUCUCAACUUGGUUGCAAAUAUGGAGAGAGUUUUCUGCUACUUCAUUUCUGCCCUUCUGUUGGCCACUUCUAUGUUAGCUAGCUUUUUAACAUCAGCACUGAUACAAUGGCCCUCCUUGAAUUGAAAGAUCAUAUAACUUCAGAUCCUUACUCUAUCUUAGCCAAAAAUUGGUCCAUUUCUUCAUCUGUUUGUAACUGGAUUGGUGUCACUUGCAGCUAUACUCAUCACCACAGAGUAAGAGCCUUAAAUAUUUCGAACAUGGGUCUUGCAGGAAGUAUCCCUUCCAAUCUUGGAAACCUGUCCUUUCUUGUUUCUCUUGACAUGGGAGAUAAUUCCUUUCAUGGCCAUUUGCCAGAAGGGAUGGCUCAUUUGCGUCGAAUCAGAUUUAUUUCUUUAAGCCACAACAAUUUCACGGGAGAAAUUCCGUCAUGGUUUGGUUUCUUGGAGAAACUUCAACACCUCUCAUUAAGAAACAACUCUUUUACUGGCUUUCUCCCUCCUCCUCUCUUCAAUAUCUCCGGUUUGGGAGUCAUAGAUUUUUCAGAGAACAACUUGUCUGGCAUUAUUCCUGUUGACAUGUGCAACAAUCUUCCGAGUCUCAAAAGGCUUCUAGUUUCUUCAAAUAAGUUGAAUGGUCAAAUACUAUCCGGUAUAUCCAAAUGCUGGAGACUCGAGGUAUUAUCACUGUCAAAUAACGAGUUUAGCGGACGCAUCCCUAGAGAAGUUGGGAACUUACAAAUGCUGGAGGAGCUGUAUCUGGGCGGGAACAACUUGGGAGGAGAAAUACCAAAAGAGAUUGGCAAUUUAACUAUGAUACAGAACCUAUAUCUUUAUGAGAACAACUUGACAGGUUUCAUUCCACAAGAAAUGGGCAAACUUUCCAAGUUGGAGAGCCUUGACUUGGAAUUAAAUAGGUUAGGUGGACCGAUCCCUGCUUGGAUUUUCAACAUCUCAACAAUUCAGUUUCUGUCACUUUCAGCCAAUAGUUUUUUUGGCAGUCUUCCGCCAAAUAUGUGUCAUGUGUUGAAAAAUUUGCAAGGGCUUUAUCUUGCUGGGAAUUAUUUGAGUGGAAAUAUACCUAUGUCUAUCUCAAAUUGUUCAAGACUAACUAUCAUAACCCUUCUUAGUAAUGAAUUCACUGGUUCAAUUCCUGAUUCUCUUGGCAAUUUAAGACAACUCAAUGUUCUACAGCUAUCGGACAACAAGUUGACAAGUGAAUCUUCAUCUCAAGAAUUGAGCCUUUUUAGUUCCCUUGCAAAUUGCAUGCUCUUAAGACAUAUUUCGUUGGAACGAAAUCCAUUGAAUGGCGUCCUUCCAAAUUCCCUCGGGAACCUUUCUAGCUCCAUUGAAAUAAUAUAUGCAUUUGGCAGUGGAAUCAUGGGAAGCAUUCCAGGCAGCAUUGGCAAUUUAAGCAAUUUGAUAGCAUUAAGGCUAGACAACAAUCAGUUGACUGGGUCCAUUCCCACUUCUGUGAAAGGAUUGGGAAAGCUUCAAGGCUUAUAUCUCCACAACAACAUCAUCACUGGAACUCUUUCUACUGAUCUCUGCAACUUGCGUAUGUUGAACGAUUUUAAUAUAAGCCAGAAUCAAGUUUCAGGUUCAAUUCCAGGAUGUUUAGGCAACAUUACAUCCAUCAGGUAUAUUGAUCUGUCUUUCAACAAAAUAACUUCUAGUGUGCCAAUUAGCUUGUGGAAUCUCAAAGAUCUGUUGGAACUUCGCUUGACAUCCAAUUUCUUCAAUGGAUCUUUGGCUCCAGAAAUUGGAAAAUUGAAGGCUGUGACAUGGUUAGACAUGUCACUGAAUCACUUCUCGGGUAACAUCCCUAGUACAAUUGGGGAUUUACAAAGAUUGAUACAGCUUUCUUUGGCAAAUAACAACUUGGAAGGAUCAAUUCCGUCCACAAUUGCUGACAUACAAAGCCUUGAAUAUUUAGACUUGUCGCACAAUAAUGUCUCAGGUUCGAUCCCCAAGUUAAUGGAGAAUCUUACAUAUCUCACAUACUUGAAUGUUUCUUCCAAUGAUUUAAGAGGUGAAAUUCCAUCUGAAGGUCCUUUUACAAAGUUCACUUAUGAUUCCUUUGCCUUUAAUAGAGCAUUAUGUGGAGCACCUAGGUUCCAUUUGCCACCAUGCCAAACUAUUUCCAGGCGCAAAUCACGGACAAGAAAGACGGUUCUCAUUGCAAUCAUUUUGCCAGGAAUGCUUUCUGUGGUUAUCGUCGCUGGCUUAGGAACUGUGUUCCAUAGAUACAAAAAGAAAUCUAAGAUUCCAAGCCAAACAGGUUUGUCAUCAUUGAUAGAACAACCAAGAAUCUCAUACUAUGAGCUGCUACAAGCAACUAAUGGGUAUAGUCAAGAAAAUUUGCUUGGUGUGGGAAGUUUUGGAUCAGUUUACAAGGGUAUUCUAAAUGAUGGUAAGAUUUUGGCUGUAAAAGUGUUUAAUUUGCAAUUAGAACGAGCAUUCAGGAGCUUCGAUGCAGAAUGCAACAUAUUGAGAAAUCUACGCCAUCGAAAUCUCACAAAAGUCAUUACCAGUUGCUCUAACCCUGAUUUCAAGUCCUUAGUGCUUGAAUUCAUGCCUAAUGGUAGUCUGGAGAAAUGGUUGCAUUCUGAAAAUUGCUCCUUAGAUGUCAUGCAGCGACUGAACAUAAUGAUCGAUGUUGCUUGUGCAUUGCAAUAUCUCCAUCAUGGUUACACAACUCCAGUGAUUCAUUGUGAUCUGAAGCCUAGUAAUGUUUUGCUGGAUCAAGAUAUGGUUGCACAUGUAAGCGAUUUUGGCAUAGCAAAGAUGUUGAGUGAAGAGGAGACCAUCACACAUACUAACACACUAGCCACAUUGGGCUACAUUGCUCCAGAAUAUGGAUCAGAAGGACUAGUAUCAACAAAAUGUGAUGUUUAUAGUUAUGGGAUUAUGUUAAUGGAAAUGCUUACAAGAAAAAGGCCAAAUGAUGAAAUGUUUGAUGGAAAUUUGAGCUUGAGGGGUUGGGUAUGCGGAUCAAUAGCUAAUGCAAUAAUGGACAUUUUGGAUGUGAAUUUGAUAAGGUCAAAUGAAGAGUAUGCUACACAAGAGUUGGAGUGUCUAUCAUCCAUCAUGAAAGUGGCGCUGAAUUGCUCGAAGGAAUCUCCAAAUGAGAGGAGUAACAUGGAAUAUGCUCUUGCUGCACUGAACCAUAUCAAGCUUCAUCUUUUGUCUUGUUAUAGAAGGCCUUGAGGAUGUGAAGAUAUCCACCAGGAAGAAUUCCAGAAAACCUACUUGCUUUAACACAUCAAUUUUUUUCCU